AUGUCACCAUCCACAGAACUGUUUCGACCAUACCUUGCAAGACACGCAAACCUGCGAGGCAUUGGCGAUGAGAGACCCACUGCUUUCGAGAUUGUACAGGACCUGAACGCCACAGGAAAACUCAACGAUGCUGUUGUUCUUAUCACCGGAUGCUCUGCUGGCCUAGGAGUCCAGACUGCAAGAGCGCUGUACCAGACCGGAGCAAAACUUUACUUGACAUUCCGCAAUGUUGAGAAGGGCCAAGCUGCUAUCAAGGCUAUCACAAAAGAUGCACCAGCUGGACAGAAGGUCGAGUUCUUGAACAUGGAUCUGGGUGAUCUCGACAGUGUACGGUCAGCUGCUGCCGAGUUCAAGAGUCGAAGUGAUAGACUGAACAUCUUGAUCAACAAUGCUGGUGUAAUGGCAGCACCUCAGGGAAAGACCGUUAGUGGUUUCGAGACACAUAUGGGAAGCAAUCACUUCGGUCACUUCCUGCUGUUUGAACUCCUCAAGCCUGUUCUGCUAGCGUCAGCUUUGCCCGAGCGUAAAUCUCGCGUCAUCAACUUGUCCAGUAGUGGCCAUCUCAUCAGUCCCGUUCGCUUUGACGAUAUGGACUUUUCCAAGGAGGGAAGCUACAACCCAUAUGCCGCUUACGGACAAAGCAAAACAGCAAACAUUUACAUGGCCAACUAUAUCGACAGAGUCUAUGGUCACCAUGGUAUCUGUGCUCUUUCUGUUCAUCCUGGUGUGAUCCUUUCGACGGAACUUGUGAGGCACCAGAAGGUGGAGGACCUCCAGAGUAUUGGUGACCCAGAGUACUUCAAGAAGAUCGAAUGCACCGCAGAGCAGGGAGCUGCUACCACUGUAUGGGCUGCUUUGAGUCCUUAUUUCGAGACGCAUGGUGGAAUGUACUUGGCUGAGGUCGGAGUAGCACCUGCACUUGCAGAGGACGAGGGUAUCGGUAGAUGUGGUUAUGCGACGUACGCAUACGACGAGGAGGCCGAGAACCGCCUAUGGGAACUCAGUUUGAAAGCAGUUGGGUUCUAG